AUGUCGUUCAAGGUGUUGAUCAUUGGCGGAUCUAUAGCGGGCCUCACGCUGGCCCACUGCCUGGACAAACUGGGCAUCUCUUUCGAUAUCCUUGAGCAGGGUGAGGAAAUCAGCCCCCAGCUCGGUCUCUUCAACGGCUUCUUCUUCGAAAGCCAAUAUCCCUCUGUGCUUCGAUCCCGUUUUGGAUAUCCGCUGUCGUUUCUUGAACGCCAGAAGUUCCUUGCAAUCCUGUAUAAUAAACUUGAUGGCAAAGAUCGGGUGCACAUGGGACAAAAGGUCGUGCGUAUUGAGGAUCGCGGAGACCGCGCAGUUGCUAUAACCGCCGAUGGCAAGGAACACUGGGGGCAUCUGGUUGUUGGAGCCGACGGUGUGCACAGCGUCGUGAGGUCCGAGAUCUGGCGACACGCGAAAGAAGCCGAGCCCAGCAAGAUUACGGACGCGGAAAAAUCGAGUCUAAGGGUCGACUAUGCCUGCAUUUAUGGCAUUUCCUCUAGAGUUCCCGGGGUGGAGGAUGGGGUCCAGCUGAGCCUCCUAGACCAAGACCUUACAAUCCACGUCUUCAACGGCAAGGACCAGAAAGCCUUUUGGUUUGUCAUUGUGAAGACGGAUAAACCAUACGCCUACGUCGACAGGCCCAAGUUUGUUCCCCAGGAGGCGCGAAAGAUCUGCGAUGGCCUCAGGUCCAAGAAACUCGACUCGGCGUUGGAAUUCGGCGCCAUUUGGGACAAGUGUGAUGUCUUCACCAUGACCCCGCUCGAGGAAGGCUGUUUUAAGACGUGGCAUUCUGGCCGCAUGGUCUGCGUAGGAGACGCAGUGCGCAAGAUGACACCCAACAUUGGCCAGGGUGCCAACAUGGCCAUCGAGGACGUUGCGGUUCUCGUCAACGCCCUGUGGAAAGGCAACCUCCACAAGGCCAUGGCGGACACGGCCGCCAUGGAGGACCUGCUGAGCAUCGUGAGCGCGACUCGGCUGGCCCGCACGCAAAGCGUCUGCAAGCAGUCAGAGUUCCUUACCCGCCUGCAGGCAAACGACGGGCUAGUGAAGCGACUGCUUGGCAGAUACGUGCUCCCGGCUUUGCAUGACAUACCUGCGGGCUCCUCGGCUGCAGUCCUCGGAGGCAAGCAGCGGCUUGCAUUUGUGGACCUCCCUGCGCGAGCAGCCCAACAGAACCCUUGGUGGACCUUUGUCAAGAUUCUCUCCGCGUUUGCGCCCAAGCCUCAUGUGUCCGCCUUACUCGGCACCAUGGCCUUGGCGAUCUGGUGGGUAUUACGGAUCUGA